UACCGCCUCCUUAACCAGCGUUGUAAACAAACCCUGGAUAAUAUUGGAAGUUUUAACCUCGCACCACGAAAAUAUCCUAUCCUUUAAAAAAUUACUCUGAGUAGCUACAGUUCUUUUAAAAUUUUAACUACAAAAUACACGAAACGGUUUCAUCUCAGAGAAAAACUUGUUCCUGUUGUCAAGUGUGAGAGACCGAGAGAACAGCUGCAAGACGAUUUUUGUUUGUUUGGUUUGGAUCCGUCCGAUGGUUUCUUGCUGAAGAAGUGACAAAACAAGCUAUCCCCUAGACGAUUGAGCAAUUUACCGAUGCAUCUCAGUUGACCUAUCCAACGGUAGUUUUCUGGUCACAUAUUCGUUAAAAUUAGGUCUUCCAUUGAACAUCCGAUAACUACGUUAGGGACGUUCCAAGGAUCGUGGAUAGCACGGAGGAUCGCUUGAUAGCACGGACCCUGCUGUAUUGUACCAAGAAGUGAGCUGCGAACUAGACAACCGAGCUUUGUGUGCCAGAGAUGGUACCAUUCAGCUUGUCUGGGGAUGACAAAGAAGGACUUCAACAAAGCCAAAAUAGAAAAUGAUUGGAAAAGGGGCCUCUUUGCUGUUAAAUUAGAGAAACAUGGUGAAGCUGACAAAGGCUAAGACGUUCCAAGCAUACCUAGACUCGUGCCACCGCAGGUACAGCUGUGUUCACUGCCGAGCACACCUGGCCAACCAUGAUGACCUCAUCUCCAAGUCUUUUCAGGGUAGCCAGGGUCGUGCCUACCUCUUCAACUCUGUGGUGAAUGUGGGCUGUGGUCCUGCCGAGGAGAGGCUGCUACUCACCGGGCUCCACGCUGUGGCAGACAUCUACUGUGAGAACUGCCACACCACACUGGGCUGGAAAUACGAGCAGGCCUUUGAGUUGAGUCAGAAGUACAAGGAGGGGAAGUUCAUCAUUGAGCUGUCCCACAUGAUAAAGGACAACGGCUGGGACUGAGGUGAAGGGCGAUGUUUUCAUUGAUGUUUCGUCCCUCGUCCGUUGUUCUUCCUGGCCUGAAUGUGUGUCCCCUCACCCUGCGUAAGGGCCAUCGGCUCUGUCACUCCGUCACUUCAUACAGCUUUGCCAAGAAUAGCAUGUGAUGUUUGUUUUUAUACAUAUAUCUAUAUACACACGGAGUAUUCCAAACAUUAGGAACACCUUCUUAAUAUUGAGUUGCACCCCUCCUUUUUACCCUCAGAACAGCCUCAAUUCAUUGGGGCAUGGACUCUACAAGGUGUUUUUUUAUUUUUUAUUUUUUUACCUUUAUUUAACUAGGCAAGUCAGUUAAGAACAAAUUCUUAUUUUCAAUGACGGCCUAGGAACAGUGGGUUAACUGCCUGUUCAAGGGCAGAACGACAGCUUUGUACCUUGUCAGCUCGGAGGUUUGAACUUGCAACCUUCCGGUUACUAGUCCAAAUGCUCUUACCACUAGGCUACCCUGCCGAAAGCAUUUCACAGGGAUGCUGGCUCAUGUUGACUCCAAUGCUUCCCACAGUUGUCAAGUUGGCUAGAUGUCCUUUGGGUGGUCGACCAUUCUUGAUACACACAGGAAACUGUUGGGUGUGAAAAAUCCAGCAGCUUUGCAGUUCUUGACACAAACCGGUGCGCCUGGCAUCUACUACCAUACCCCAUUCAAAGGCACUUAAAUAUUUGUCUUGCCCAUUUACCCUCUGAAUGGCACGCAUACACAAUCCAUGGCUCAAUUAUCUCAAAUCCUUCUUCAACCUGUCUCCUCGCCUUCAUCUACACAGAUUGAAGUGGAUUGAACAAGUGACCAUAAAUUCACCUGGUCAGUCUAUGUCAUGGAAAGAGCAGGUGUUCUUAAUGUUUUUGUAUACUCUGUGUGUGUGUGAUACAUGUAUAUAUAACUAUACACACACACUCAAAGGUUUUAAGAGUUUUGUAUCAAAUCUACCCCACUAUUACGGGAGCACCUUUGUCAAUAUCGCUAUAUCCCAAUGUUUAGUUCUAUCGUGGUAGAGAAUGAGCGAGUACAGGCUGUGUGAGUGCCAGUGAGUGUGUGAGCGCGAGCAAGAGUUUGUAUACACUCGGGCAUGUGUGAGUUGUGUGUUUACGAGUGUGUGUGUGUGUUGCAGUGCGACCACCUCCUUAGCAACCUCACUAAAUCCUUCUCAUGUAAUCCGUGCAUCGGUGUGGGAUCGUAGUCAACAAAAAAACAAAAUUCUCUCUCAUUAAGUGCAAUUCACAGGGUUGAGACAAUUAGACCGUUAUGCAAAAACCUAGCGUCCUCAAAGGCUGUUCCCUUUUUGUUUUUAGGUGAAUGUGUGCAAAAAGCAAGUUACCUUGCUUUGUGUGUGUUUUAAGACUUCAUACUUAAUGUUUGAUGGUACAAGCAGAGUUGAAAAAAAGUAAUUACGUUUGGUGCCGUUGUCAUGUUACUGUUUUAUCUCAAAUGGAGUAUCAAGUGCAAUACAGUAGGGUGUGAGUGCGUGUGGUUAAUGUGUCAGCAAUAUAACAUUGGUCAUGUUUUUUAAAAUCCUUUAAAAUGACAAUCGAUGUGUAUUCAGUUGUUAAUGACGUUAAAGGCUGCAGCAUUACACUGUUUGUAAGUGUUUCUGUGCGAUUGGCCCGUGUGAGUUUGAAUACUGUGUGUGUAAAUGUUUGGCGUAUGGGUAUUUUCUCUGUAUUCUGCCUGUGGGUAUGCAUUUUAUGGUUUGUGUGUGAGUGUGUAUGCAGUGGGAGUGUACAGUGUAAGAUUGUAUGAUCUGAUACAGUACUUGCUAGACAGUUAGCAAAUGCUUUAGUUUGGGGGUAAAAUCUAUUGUUUCUGAUGUGUAAUUGGAUAUCCAUUUUUACCUUAUUUCCUUUUGAGAUCAAUCUUGUAAAUACAGCUUAACAUUGAGCAGCAUGUACAUAAGCAUUUAUUUGAUAAUAUAAGAGAGCAAUGUGUAAUAUCAAAAAGGAUGAAUAUAUCUAUAAUUAUGUAGCAGAUUGUGACUAUGUAAGCUUUUCCAUUAAAGUAUUUUAUUUUAACCUGAAUUCUCACAUUAAAGUAUGUGGUAAAUA